CGCAGCGCAAGCUCGUCGCUCUGUCUUUGGCUCUGAAGCGAUGUUGGACAUCAAAUGUAACCCGAGCGAUGCCCUUGUAUCCUCCCUUCCGUUUACGCAGGACAAACCUUUCUCUAUGGAGCUCACCAAUACGCACAAGACUCCUGUGGCAUUCAAAAUACGCGUUACUUCUCGUAAAUCGUUUUGCGUGGUGCCGAACAUGGGCCGCAUAGAGGCCGGCCAGCAGGUCAAAGUCAUCAUCACCCUGAAAGCAGUCAAAGAAGACCUGCCGAAAGGCACAGAGUGCAAGCACAAGCUGUCGAUCCUCAGCGUUGACAUCACGCCAGAGCGCGAGCGGUUUCCGGUGCGAAGGAACCUGUGGACGAGCGUCCCGGGAGACGCCAUCCACGAGCAGAAGUUCCGUGUCCGAUACGUCUUCCCGGAUGCCACCGCUGCCCAGGAUGCGUCCGCCGCGGGUACAGUCAAGGGUCUCAAGGCGCAGCUUGAGGAGGCGCAGGCCGAGAUCCAGCGGCUGCGCUCGCUGGUUGAGUCUGGAUCUGUGCCUCUGGCGGCGCGCGGCGCAGGGUUGCAGAUGCAGGAGUGCUGCUCGACGGCAGCACAAGAGAAGGCCAUCGCUCGAUAUUCAGACGACGCAUCGCUCUUUUCUGAGAUGCUACCGUCGUAUCAUGAAUGCACGGAGAAAGAUGGAGAGAUGUCGACUAAGCCGACUUCCCGGCCAUCCGAGGCACAUCGCAGGCGGUCGUCUGGGAUGCUGGGGCGCCUCUCACGGGUGUUUCCCAGAGCGGCGAGCAUGUAGCGACGUGCGCUUAUUCUAGUUGCAAUUUUUUUACUCAUAGCCAUUCCCUGAGCUCGAUAUUAUUCUUAGCUGGUCAUGAGAAGUGUGAAUAAAUUCGCUACAGAAAUAGAACAAC